UUGAGAUUGUAAUGGUAGUUUGUAAUGGCACCCACUCUUCAACGAAAUAUUCUGGAAGUUCCACCAUGCAUCUGGACAGUAUUUAUAUGGGGAGAUGUAACCCUUAUGGACUCAGACUACAGAGGAACCGAGACAACAACAGGGCAAAAGCCAGACCUUCGACACAUCUCAAACCAUCAUGAAGACUACCUGCUUGGCUCUUGGGUUAUUGCUGCUGACAGUGUUCCACUCCUAUGCUAUCCCUCUUGGACUGCAGACAUCACCUGAAAGCUGCUGUUUCAGCUUCUUCAAAGUGAGAGUGCCCUUCAAUAAGAUUGACUCCAUCAAGAAGACUCACAGUGGCUGCCCCUUAACAGCAUUUGUGGUCAAAACUGUCAAGGGGAAAGAGAUUUGCUUCCAGUCGAGUGAGCCGUGGGUACAGAAAGCCUUCAACCGGCUUAAGCAGCCAGCAGCUGUGGCCACAGGUAGAGGCAUUGAGGGUAGCAGUCAUCCUUGACAUCCUCGUCAUCAUGACUCAAGCGUCACAAGCUCCAUGAAGACUACUCUAUUUCCUAUAACACUUUUUAACAGUAAGAGACUGAAAUGUUUAUCACUUUGAAUGCAGCAAUUACUAUUUAGCAAUAUAUGGAAUUGAUAGGCGUGUGUUAAGAUGCACAUGCAUGUUUUUAUGUGUGUAAAUGUACUGUAUGUGAGAAUCCACUGCUUAAAUAA